AUGGAAGUGGUGACCCCCCCUGCAGAGGCCAGCCCUGCCCGCACAGACCCCACGGUGCCUGGCACGUGGUCGGGAGCCAGCACGUGCGGCUCCCCUGCCCGGGAGGCCCAUGGAGAGGAUGCCCUGUGGCAGGUUCUGCCGGACGGGCCCGAGGGCACCAUGCAAACGCUUGCUCAUGAAUCAUUUCUGUGUUUUCAGACUGUCAUCAAAGAGGGGAUGCUGACCAAACAGAACAAUUCAUUCCAGCGAUCAAAAAGGAGAUACUUCAAGCUGCGGGGGCGGACGCUGUACUAUGCAAAAACGGCCAAGUCCAUCAUAUUUGAUGAGGUGGACCUGACAGAUGCCAGCGUGGCUGAAUCCAGCACCAAGAACGUCAACAACAGUUUCACGGUCAUCACUCCAUGUAGGAAGCUCAUCUUAUGUGCUGACCACAGGAAAGAGAUGGAAGACUGGAUUGCAGCGCUGAAGACCGUCCAGAACAGGGAGCACUUUGAGCCUUCCCAGUACAGCAUGGACCAUUUCUCAGGGAUGCACAACUGGUACGCGUGUUCCCAUGCGCGGCCGACCUACUGCAACGUGUGUCGCGAGGCUCUGUCUGGGGUCACGUCGCACGGACUGUCCUGUGAAGUGUGCAAAUUUAAGGCCCACAAACGGUGUGCUGUGCGUGCAACCAACAACUGCAAGUGGACCACGCUGGCCUCCAUCGGGAAGGACAUCCUUGAGGAUGAGGACGGGAUCGCCAUGCCGCACCAGUGGCUGGAAGGGAACCUGCCCGUGAGUGCCAAGUGCACGGUGUGCGACAAGACGUGCGGCAGCGUGCUGCGCCUGCAGGACUGGCGCUGUCUCUGGUGCAAGGCCAUGGUGCACACGUCAUGUAAAGAGUCCUUACAGACCAAGUGUCCGCUGGGCCUGUGUAAGGUGUCGGUCAUCCCGCCCACAGCGCUCAACAGCAUCGAUUCUGACGGCUUCUGGAAGGCCACGUGCCCUCCGUCCUGCACGAGCCCGUUGUUGGUCUUUGUCAACUCCAAAAGUGGGGAUAACCAGGGUGUGAAGUUCCUCAGAAGAUUCAAACAGCUGCUGAACCCUGCCCAAGUGUUUGACCUCAUGAACGGAGGACCACACCUUGGCUUACGCUUAUUCCAGAAGUUUGACACAUUCCGGAUUCUGGUUUGUGGUGGGGAUGGCAGCGUUGGCUGGGUGCUCUCUGAGAUUGACAGCCUCAAUCUUCACAAACAGUGUCAGCUGGGAGUGCUGCCCCUCGGCACAGGGAACGACCUGGCUCGUGUGCUAGGCUGGGGCUCAGCCUGUGAUGAUGACACCCAGCUCCCGCAGAUCUUGGAAAAGCUAGAAAGAGCCAGCACCAAGAUGCUGGACCGGUGGAGCGUCAUGGCCUACGAGACCAAGCUGCCCCGGCCGGCCUCCUCUUCCACCGGCACUGAGGACUUCAGCGAGGGCUCUGAGGUGCAACAAAUCCUCUUCUAUGAAGACUCAGUGGCGGCCCACCUUUCUAAAAUCCUGACCUCAGACCAGCACUCGGUGGUGAUUUCCUCAGCCAAAGUGCUCUGCGAGACGGUGAAGGACUUUGUGGCUCGGGUGGGGAAGGCCUACGAGAAGACCACAGAGAGCUCAGAGGAGUCAGAGGUCAUGGCCAAGAAGUGCUCUGUCCUGAAAGAGAAGCUGGACUCUCUCCUCAAGACCCUGGACGAUGAGUCCCAGGCCUCGUCCUCCCUGCCCACCCCGCCCCCCACCAUCGCAGAGGAGGUGGAAGAUGGAGACGGAGCGGGCAGCGGCUGCGGCUCCACUGGGGAGCGCUCGGUGGGGUCGACGUGCCCCUCUCGGCCGCAGAUAUUCCGUCCACGGGAACAGCUCAUGCUCAGAGCCAAUAGCCUGAAGAAAGCCAUCCGGCAGAUCAUAGAACACACAGAAAAAGCUGUCGAUGAGCAGAACGCCCAGACCCAAGAACAGGAGGGGUUCACCUUAGGUCUCUCUGAGUCGGAAGAGAGAAAAGACCCGAAGGAUGACAGAAUGUGUCCCACGGAGAGCUGUGGGGUUGCCAAGGCCAGGAGCCUCCGCAAAGUGUCCAGAUCCCCAUGUGAGAAGCUGAUAAGCAAAGGAAGUUUGACACUGGGCAGUUCUGCCUCUCUUCCUCCCCAGUCAGGAAACCGGGAUGGGCUGCCCGCACUGAACACCAAGAUCCUGUUCUCGAACGUUCGGGCUGGGAUGUCUGGUUCCUUGCCUGGAGGUUCAGUCAUCAGUCGCCUGUUAAUUAAUGCUGAUCCCUUUAACUCGGAAUCAGAAAACCUAGAGUAUUACACGGAGAAGUGCGUCAUGAACAAUUAUUUUGGCAUCGGCCUGGAUGCGAAGAUAUCCCUGGACUUCAACAACAAGCGUGACGAGCACCCGGAGAAGUGCAGGAGCCGGACCAAGAACAUGAUGUGGUACGGAGUUCUUGGAACCAAAGAGCUGCUGCACAGAACCUACAGGAACCUGGAGCAGAAGGUCCUGCUGGAGUGUGAUGGGCGACCCAUCCCACUCCCCAGUCUCCAGGGGAUUGCUGUCCUCAACAUUCCCAGCUAUGCCGGAGGGACCAACUUCUGGGGGGGCACCAAGGAAGAUGAUACUUUUGCAGCUCCGUCAUUCGAUGAUAAGAUUCUGGAGGUGGUCGCUGUAUUUGGCAGUAUGCAGAUGGCCGUCUCUCGCGUCAUUAGGCUGCAGCAUCACCGAAUCGCCCAGUGUCGCACGGUGAAGAUUUCCAUCCUGGGGGAUGAGGGCGUACCUGUGCAAGUGGACGGAGAGGCCUGGGUCCAGCCUCCAGGAUACAUUCGGAUCAUCCACAAGAACCGGGCACAGACGCUCACCAGAGAUAGGGCGUUUGAGAACACCCUCAAGUCCUGGGAAGACAAGCAGAAGUGCGAACUUCCUCGCCCCCCGUCUUUCUCUCUGCACCCGGAGAUCCUGUCUGAGGAAGAGGCCACGCAGAUGGACCACUUCGGGCAGGCGGCGGGAGCCCUCAUCCACAGUAUCCGGGAGAUAGCUCAGUCCCAUCACGACAUGGAGCAGGAACUUGCCCACGCCGUCAAUGCCAGCUCCAAGUCCAUGGACCGGGUGUACGGCAAGCCCAGAGCCACAGAGGGCCUGAACUGCAGCUUUGUCCUGGAAAUGGUGAAUAACAUCAAAGCUCUGCGCAGUGAGACCGAACUGCUGCUGGCUGGGAAGAUGGCCCUGCAGUUGGAUCCCCCUCAAAAAGAGCGGCUCGGGGCCGCUCUUGCUGAGAUGGACCAGCAGCUCAGGAAGCUGGCGGACACCCCCUGGCUGUGCCAGCCCGUGGAGCCCGGUGAUGAGGAGAAUGUGAUGCUGGAGCUUUCCAAACGCGGCCGCGGUGGCAAAUUCCGCCUGGUGACGAAGUUUAAGAAAAACAGCAAGAACAGAGAAGCCCGCAGCAGCCUGGGAGCCCCGGUUCACCUCUGGGGGACAGAGGAGGUUGCUGCCUGGCUGGAGCACCUCAGUCUCUGUGAGUAUAAGGACAUCUUCACGCGGCACGACAUCCGGGGCUCCGAGCUCCUGCACCUGGAGCGGAGGGACCUCAAGUUCCAUGUCCGCGGGCCACCCUGGUUCUCCGCGGCAGCCUUGCAAGGCCCCCGCCUGAUGUCCCCCGGGUAUCGCGGAGUCUUUGGCCGAGACGCCGCCUCUCCUGCUUUGAAAGCGGCCUGGACGCGCUCCGUCCCGCCUGUGUUCUCGGUGCGCGGAGACGAAGGACGAAGCGCGCUCGCCCUCCUCGAGCCGAGCGGACGGACGGUGACGAUCUCGGGCUGA